UGAGAUAAGGGCAGGCAGAUAAGUAAAUAAUCAAAAAAUGGACAAUAAGCCGUCAUUAAGCCAGUAUUUUGGCGAGACAGAAGUACCGCCCGCCUCUCAGUUCUUUGACGAAAUCGGGACGUCGCCCUCUGAUAUGAUACAGAGCGUUUACCUGGGCGAAAGUGAAGCGAGUCAACCAGCAUCAUCUAAUCUUUUCCCGACAAAUAUGACGGCCUCUUUCUCCCAGUUGAAAGUUGGCGAUGAAAUGAAGUUUGGGAGCGUAGUGCCCACAGUAAGUGGUACUACGGCGUUGCCGGCGACUAGUCUCCCGGACCCAUCGACGUUUUUCGACACGAUUGGGCCAGAGCCGCAAAUGGCGAUGAGUGGGAUUGCUGCUCCAAAUAUUUUGACUGAGGCUAUGGAUGGUCUUGCUGUUAAGGACCAGCCUGUAGACAAGGAAGCUGACAGACGCCGAGACGCUUGGAUACCAAAUGAUGAAGCGAAAAAGGUCUUACUUAAGGCUCAGUCGGUGCCGAAAGGAGCAUUCUUCCCAGAGAGAGAAGCCCUCACGCUGCCCGGAGUCAUAUUUGACGAGGAAUUGCCUGACUCGCUCCACGCCGUAGCGGUGAAGUACCUCGGCGUGAGCGCGGCCGGUCGCGGCGGCGUGACGCGCGCCGACGCGUGCCGCGGGGAGGCGGGGCUGCGCGAGCUGCUGCGGACCGGGUGUCUCAGAGCCGCCAUUAAUCUGUCCGCCACGCUGCUGGCUCAGCAUAAACAAGGCUCGGGGCGCUGCGGCCGCGUCCCCGGCGCGCGGCACUCGGCGCGCUCGCUGCAGCUGUGGCUGGCGCGGUGCUGCGCGAUGCUGCGCGUGCGCCUCGCCGCGCACGCCGCGCAGGAGGCCGAGGCCUUCGGGGACUGCGGCCAACCCGACAUGUACUACCAAUUCUACCCAGAUCAGUACGAAAACCGAACGGGUUCCUUAGUACCUUUCGCACUGCGACUGCUGAUAGCGGAGAUGCCGUCGCACGCAGGACAACCGGAAAAGGCUUUACCGAGCCUGUAUGCGGUGUUGGCUGUAGUACAACAGAUGUUGGUUAACCUGAACGCCGGUAAAACGGAAGACGGCACGGCCAUCCUGACAUGCGAGCAGGACCGCGCCGAGUCCGUACGGUUGUGGAGCGGGAGGGAAACGCGCGUGCAACAUUCUAUAGUCAACUGCGCUAUUGCCUUAAAGGACUACCGUCUCGCCAGUAAGAUCAUCUCCGGUCUCCAACAGCGAGCGUCGACUCCGGCGCAGAAACGAGCGCUAGCGAGCGCUCUGUGUCGCCUGUGGCUGCUGGGGGGACACUGUAGAGCCGCCGCCAUACAUUUACAGGAGGCUAGAGACCUGAGACAGCAUCUAUGUCCAACCCCCGACGUGCGAGAGUACGUGGACUUAGGCCUCCUCGAGGUCGCUCAGGGACGGUACAAGGAGGCCUACGAGAACUUUAUCAAGGCGAACGACCAGGAACCCACUAAUAUCAUGGUGGCCAACAACCUCUCUGUGUGUCUCCUCUACCUGGGUCGCCUGAAGGAAGCCAUCUCCGUGCUCCAGGGCGCCAUCAACUCGGCCCCGGAGCGAGGCCUCAGCGAGCACCUCCUCCUCAACCUGUGCACCCUGUAUGAGUUGGAAUCUUCCAAAAACAUGGACAAAAAACUCAAUUUACUCAGAAUGCUGUGCAAAUAUAAGAGUGAUACUAUUCCUAAUGUCAUGGAGUGUUUAAAACUUAGUUAAAGAUAGUAAUGAUUUUUAAGCGUCCAUAAACCAGGGUUCGAAAGGAUCCAUGAUAAUUAUCGUGAAUUUUAUGCCAGAUAAGGGUUCAUCCAUUAAUUAAGUCACACGAAUUUCGAGGUUUUUUGACCCCCCUUGUCACAUUUAGAAAACUCCUCCCCCCCUGGUUUCACGUCAGUUUUUCAAUGAAAUCGGCAAAUAUAAUUAAGUAUUAUUAAUAUUUCAUCAAAAUAUUUUUGACAGCACCUCCUCCUCAACCUCUGCACCCUACCUUCCAAAAACAUGGACAAAAAACUCAAUUUACUCAGAAUGCUGUGCAAAUAUAAGAGUGAUACAAUUCCUAAUGUCAUGGAGUGUUUAAAAUUUAGUUAAAUGUGACGUUUUCAACCAAAAGGUACUACAUUGUCGGUUGUCGAUAAGGUUGAUUUCUAAUUGAAACUAAAUGGAAAUAGCGCCUUACUGACAAGCGACAAUAAGUACCCUUUUGGUUGAAAAUGGCACAUAUCCAUGAACAUAAGGUAUGCCAGAGCAAAAGCAAACUUUUUCUUUAAAACAGGUUAUUACGUUAUUAGCCUAAAUUAUAAAUCAGUGUUCACGCACCUUCUAGCGACACCUAGCGGCGCUGCAACGAGAACUGCUGCUGCGCCCCUCCGCGCUCAUCUUGUCUCGUUCAUUCGCCUCGAUAUACGGCACGAUAAACACGUUACUCGUUACAUUUCAAAUCUAAGCUUAUAUAAAGCCACUUUUCGUAAUAAACGAAUUUUCUACAUGUUACAAUAAACGUCUUCAUUGAAUGGACCCUGGAAAACCACCGAAUCCUGCACAUAAUUUGAUCCUCGAGCCGGAUACUGCGAGAGAAGUCAGCUCGUCGGGAAGACGAAAUACCCUUGCGAGACGACACCAGCACCUCAACAGCGUCUGCAGCAGUGAACGGUCAGGUCUACCAAUCCCGUCUAUUCCUUUCCUAAUCGAACUGUGUUAAAACCGAGUUUUUUUUUGUGCAUUCCAGUGCCGCUCGUUACGCAAGUCACGCAGCAGCAGUUUGUGAUCUACCGCACCAGUUUGGAAUUUGUGCUCGUAAGUAGUUCCAAAUUCUCUUAAUCUUUCGAAAUGGGUGAAGGGGAUGAAGCUGGUGCUAAAUUGACUAUUACAGACCUUCGCAAACAUAGGGGUAACUUGAAAGGCCGAAUUACGCAAUUCAAAAAAUUCGUUGAUUCUCUUUUAUCGGUGACUCCUUCAAAGGUACAAAUUGCUGAAUUAAAAUUACGUAUGCAAGCAGCUACAGAGACCUUUAAAAUUUUUAAUGACAUUGAAAGCCAAAUUGAACUUUGCUCUCCAGAAACAGAAAUGUCUGCCAACUCCGAAUACGUAGAAACUCUCGAGGAGUUAUAUUUUGGUACUAUGGCUAGCGCUAAUUGUUUAGUCGAUAGUGUGGAGACAAAUAACGUUACUAUUUCAAGUUGUGACCAUGCCGUGAACAAACCGUUUUCAAAAUUUAAAUUACCCGAAAUUAAAUUGCCCUCAUUCGAUGGUUCGUAUGAUCGUUGGCUCGAAUUUAAACAUUCUUAUGAAACAAUGAUCCAUAAACAUUCCGAUCUCGACGCGAUUCAAAAGUUUCAUUACCUUCGAUCAUCACUAAGCGGUAGUGCAUUACAAGUAAUUAGUGCGUUAGAAUUCACGGCUGCCAACUACAUUCAAGCAUGGGAAUUGCUUGAAAUUCGCUUUCAUAACCCUAGGCUUUUAGUGCAUAAUCAUAUAAAAUCGUUAUUCAAUAUUUUAGCUUUGAAACAAGAAUCUUCGACUCAAAUACGUAGACUGAUAGACACCGUGUUACGUAAUUUACGCGCUUUAAAAACGUUAGAUGAACCUACCGACUCGUGGGAUACGUUAGUUAUUCAUUUAAUUGUGUCAAAACUCGAUACGACCACGGAGCGUAAGUGGGAAUCUCACAUAGGGUCUAUCUCGGAUAAGUCAAUCAAUAAUGAGUCUAAGAAACUUAAGCUAGAAGAUCUCUUAUCGUUUCUCAGAAACCGGGCGGAUACGUUAGAAAUGAUAAACUCUAAUCAUUCCAAGGCACCGAUCACGGUUAGUACUAAGCCUAAUUACACGUCCAAUAAACCUACGCAAGUAGUUAGUUGUGUCUCUGCUAGUGUCAAUGCUAAUAAAUCAAAGCCUUUAACUAAUAAACGUUUUCGAAACUGCGCGAUGUGUAACGAGAAUCAUGCGCUUUAUACGUGUUCCAAGUUUUUAAAUUUAUCUGUCCAAGAUAGGUUAAACUUAAUUCGUGAUAAAAACUUAUGUAAUAACUGUUUACGCGAAGGACAUUCCUUAAAUGAAUGCCUAUUCGGUCCGUGUAAGCAGUGUCAACAAAAACAUAAUAGUUUACUGCAUACGGAUAGUACUCGCGAUGAUAAUGUGUGCGUGAGGCCGUCGAGUGCGCCUGCACACAGCGCGCCGUUAUCAGUGCCGAGUACAUCUAGCUACUGUGUAGCAGCUGACCGCGCGCCUAUGGCUCAGUGCGAAGGUGGCGCGGAAGGUAAUCGGUUCGUUCCCAGGCGAGGCUUACUUACUACUGCGUUAAUACAAGUAGCCGACGCGAACAAUCAGUUCCAUACGUGUCGUGCGUUUUUAGACAAUGGGAGUGAACAUUGUUUUAUAACGGAAGAGUUACGUAAUCGAUUAAACGUUAAAAACAUACAGUCCACUAUUCAGAUUUCGGGUGUUGCAGAAAUAGUUACACAAUCAAAUCAAGUGUGCGAUGUAACUAUAAGAUCAAAAAAUUCGGAUUAUUCUAUGUCGUUAACGUGUUUUGUCUUGCAGCGCAUAACGUCCAGUUUGCCCUCGACUUACAUAGACUUAGAUAGUAUACGUAUUCCUGAUAACAUUCAGUUAGCGGAUCCCGAUUUUAACGUGCCUUCAGAAAUCGAUAUACUGAUAGGUUCGGAAAUAUUUUGGGACCUUUUAGACGGUGAAAAAAUUCGAUUACCAACAGGGCCGUACUUAGUAAAUUCGAAAUUCGGCUGGUUGGUAGCUGGUCCAAAUAAUACACGGAACUUGCGCAUUAAUAAUCAAGUCCAUUGUUAUUUUACUCAAACGAUUGACACUCAACUUAGAAAGUUUUGGGAGAUCGAGGAUAUCCCUCAGGUAGAUAGUAUUCUUACAGCUGACGAGCAGAAAUGUGAGGAUCUUUUUAUCAAUACGACUAAACGCGAAGAAGACGGGCGAUUCUCCGUCCGAAUGCCGCUAAGAGAAUCAGCUGAUACGUUGGGCGAUUCUUAUACGUUAGCGAAAAAUCGAUUUUUAUCCUUAGAACGUAAAUUAGAGCGUUUGCCGGAAUAUAAACGUUUAUAUUGUGAUUUCAUGCGAGAAUACGAAAAAAUGGGUCACAUGACUCGUGUUACCGAGUAUGGUACACCCAAUUACUUUCAUCCUCAUCAUGGUGUAUUUAGGGACAGUGUCACCACUAAAUUGCGCGUAGUGUAUAGUGGUGCUGCCCCCACCACCACGAAUAAAUCGUUGAAUAGCAUUCAGCUGCCGGGACCAGCACUUCAAAACGAUAUAUUUGCUAUUUUGUUGCGUUUCUGUCAAUACAAGUACGUUGCUUGUGCUGACGUGGAGAAAAUGUUUCGGCAGGUUUUGAUCCAACCAGAUCAGAGAUCCUUGCAAAUGAUCCUCUGGCGUGAAAAACCUACCGAUCCAUUACACGUUUAUGAACUCAAUACGGUUACAUAUGGGCAAACUAGUGCGCCAUAUUUAAGUCAACGUUGUAUACGACAGUUAGCGUCGGAAUGUGGUGAUGACGUCAUCGCGCGCGUUAUCAACCAAGAUAUAUUCGUAGACGAUUUAAUUACGGGAGAUGAUGAUUUCCAAAAUUUACUUGACAUAUGUCAAAAAACGUAUAACGUUCUGCAAUCAGGAUGCUUUCCUUUACGUAAAUGGACUUUUAAUUGUAACGUUACGCAGGACAAGUCCAAGGAGCAUUUUGUUGGUGAGCACACCCAGAACAAAACUCUCGGAGUAGGUUGGGAUAAUACGCGCGAUGAAUUGUAUUAUACUACAAAAAUCAAUCCCUUGCCUAACUCGUCGUACUUAAAUAAACGAAUAAUGUUAUCGAUCAUUUCACAGAUUUACGAUCCGUUAGGUCUACUUUCUCCUGCAGUAAUAAUUUCCAAAAUUUUGCUGCAAAAAUUAUGGUUGAGUCGUAUCGAUUGGGACACCCCUGUCCCAGAAGACAUUACAUCAAUGUGGAAUAAUUUCAUAAAUACAUUGAGCCGUUUAAACGAUUUACGGAUUCCGCGUCAUGUAAGGGGUGUACACACUGGUCAUACGGAAUUGCAUAUUUUCUCGGAUGCAUCGUUGCAUGCUUACGGCGCGUGCGCUUAUAUUCGGACAUAUGAUGAAGGGUCAGAUGUAACUGUCAGAUUACUUUGUGCUAAGAGUAAAGUCUCACCCCUGAAAUCUCUAACUACCCCGAAACUUGAACUUUCAGGUGCGCUCGUUGCUGCUAAACUUUACAAGAAAAUAAUCGAUUCCUUAAGGUUAGCGUUCACAAAAGUUUACUUCUGGUGUGACUCGACUAUAGUAAUUUCGUGGUUAGGUAUGUCUCCGCAUUUGUUGAAGCCUUUCGUUCAAAAUCGCGUCACGCAAAUUAACGAUCUCACCGGUAAUGCGACAUGGUUGCAUGUGAGAAGCGAAGACAACUCUAGUGAUUUAUUGUCUAGAGGCGUUACUUUAGAUAAUUUAAUAGAUUGUAACUUAUGGUGGUUCGGACCAUCAUUUUUGCAUGACUCAAAAUCGGAUUUUAUUCAUGACAAUACGAGUAAAAAUACGGCAAUCGAAGAUUUACCCGAGUUACGAUCGACCGCGGUAAGUUUAGUUUGCAAUCAGCAAGAUGAACUAUUUAAUUUCGAUAGAUGUUCAUCUUACAGUAAAUUGAUUAGAAUCGGCGCAUAUGUACUCCGCUUUAUAUUGAACUCACGUCUUAACUCUGAGCGUAAACAACUCCGCCAAACCGGUUCGUUAUCGGUGGACGAGUUGAGUGCAUCACGUCUUAUGCUAGUUAAAUUCGCACAGAUGCAAUCGUUUCCGGACGUCUACGAUUGUUUACUUAAAAAUAAACCGAUUAAGACGAAUAGUAAACAAUAUAAUCGUAUAUCUGGUCUUAACGUGUUUUUAGACGAUCAAAAUAAGUUAAAAGUGAUUAGAGUCGGUGGCAGAUUGUGUAAUUCUACAAGUUUCGAUUACAACAAAAAACAUCCCAUGUUAUUGUGCAGUAAACAUAAGUUAACGGUGUUGUUAUUCAAAUACGAACACAAGCGGCUGUUACAUGCCGGACCGCAGCUACUCUUAUCUACUUUGCGUGAAUGUUGGUGGCCUUUAGGUGCUCGAAAUUUGGCAAGAAAAAUAGUUCGAGAAUGCGUUACCUGUAUUCGAAUGAAAGAUCCUACUGAUCUAUCCCCGCUCACGCCUGCCCAUUUCCUAAUUGGUCGGCCGUUGACCUGCCCUGCUAGCGAGGACCUGACGGAUGUGCAGCCUUCCCGCCUGUCUCGCUACGCCAGGAUCGAAGCCCUACGUCAACACUUCUGGCGGCGUUGGUCCACGGAGUACGUUGCGGAGCUCCAGCGGCGAACCAAAUGGAAGACGCAGAAAGACGACAUAGCGUUAAACAGUCUCGUUCUAAUCAAAGACGAUAACCUGCCUCCUCUCAAAUGGCGGUUAGGCCGAGUUACGCGUCUAUACCCUGGGAGCGAUGGCGUGAACCGUGUCGCCGACAUUCUCACGGCGACAGGAACGAUUCGACGCAGCUUUUCAAAGAUCUGCCCGCUACUACCAGAGCCGGCAGACCUAGACGGAUGAAGACUACUUUGGGAGAUGGUGCUCCCAAGGCCGGGGGCAUGUUCACGCACCUUCUAGCGACACCUAGCGGCGCUGCAACGAGAACUGCUGCUGCGCCCCUCCGCGCUCAUCUUGUCUCGUU